GAUUCUGAUGGUGGCGCGCGCAGAUGCAUGCCCUUAUCGGUAUGGUUCCUCCGGAGCCUCGGGAACCAGAAGCAGAAGAUAAGAAGAAGGAAAGAGUCGCAGCCGGCGCUACUUUCACGUGGAUAUCAUCGAACUUCAGUACUUGCCCUGAGGAUGCUAAUGAGGACAUGGUGAAGACAUAUGCUCGUGUCUACAUGUGGUACGUGAUAUCCAGGACUAUGUUUGCUGAUGGCACAAGCAAGAAUGCUCCAUGGAUGUGGCUGAAGGCGUUGACCGUCUUCGAUAGCAAAUGGAGUUGGGGUUCGGCGACACUGGCUUACUUGUAUCGACAGUUGGACGAAGCCUGUUGUAGGCACACUGGAGGUAUUGGUGGUUGUCUGCUCGCACUUUCCAUAUGGAGCUGGGAGCGUUUGCCGGUUGGACGACCGAAGACCGUGAAGUACGAGGAUUGGGACGACAAAGACAACCCACUACGGCUCCCCACUUGGGCUUACAAGUGGGAUGUGUUAAAUGAGACGACGGAUGAUCCCUCGGUCAUGUACAAGUUGUACAAGAGCGAGCUGGACGCGAUCACGCCUGAGCAGGUGGAAUGGGAGCCGUAUGGAAAAGGAGAGAGUUUUGGUAACCCUAUGGAGUUCAGGCUGAAUCUGAUGUGCACUAGGGAUAGGGAUCUCUGGCAUAUGCGGUGCCCACUGAUAUGCAACUGGGCGGUUGAGCUUCACCUGCCACAUCGGGUGUUCCGCCAGUUUGGUUUGUUCCAGCCACACCCGCCGGAGUGGGAGGACACGGACAAGUUGCUACACGCGUAAGAUAUAAUUAACCUUGAGCACUUAGCAGCUUCUCGACGGUUUCGAUGAUGCUAA